GCGUUGCAUGGUGCAACAUGUGUUGGAUGAUUCCAGAAGAAGCUCCGCAGCUCCGCAGCAGGUCGAACCCAGAGACGAGCAGUCGUGACGGACCUGAGCCCUGUGGCUGUACUUCUCUGAGCCUCUCCCCGCUGCUCUCCUCCCUCGGCGCCUUCACGACUCUUCCCGGACGUUUCGAUAGAAAUUCACUCGCCGCGUUAGCCGAAUUGUCAAAAUGCUGAGCGUCGCUAGCAGCGUCUCAAGGACUCUCCCGACGCGGAGCUGCACACGCAGCGUGUCCUCUCUGAUCAAGAAGGCCUGCUGGAGCAGCUUCCAGCCGGACGCCCUCAGAGCCCUGUCCAGGAGAGACUAUGCGUCAGAAGCCAUCAAGGGUGCGGUCAUUGGCAUCGACCUGGGAACUACCAACUCAUGUGUGGCAGUCAUGGAGGGGAAACAGGCCAAGGUGUUGGAGAACGCAGAGGGAGCCAGGACGACUCCGUCCGUCAUCGCCUUCACUGCAGAUGGGGAGCGUCUGGCGGGCAUGCCUGCGAAGCGCCAGGCCGUCACCAACCCUCAGAACACUCUGUACGCCACCAAGAGGCUGAUCGGCCGUCGCUACGACGACCCCGAGGUCCAGAAAGACCUGAAGAACGUGCCCUACAAGAUUGUCCGUGCGUCUAAUGGUGAUGCCUGGGUAGAGGCUCAUGGGAAAAUGUACUCCCCCAGCCAGGCCGGAGCCUUUGUUCUCAUGAAGAUGAAGGAGACUGCAGAGAACUACCUGGGACACAAAGUCAAGAAUGCUGUCGUCACCGUACCAGCCUACUUCAACGAUUCUCAGAGACAGGCUACCAAAGAUGCCGGUCAGAUCUCCGGCCUGAACGUGCUGCGUGUCAUCAACGAGCCGACAGCCGCUGCUCUGGCCUACGGCCUGGAGAAAACCGAGGACAAGAUCAUCGCUGUGUAUGAUCUUGGUGGAGGUACGUUUGAUAUCUCGGUCCUGGAGAUCCAGAAAGGAGUGUUUGAGGUGAAGUCCACCAAUGGUGACACCUUCCUGGGAGGAGAGGACUUUGACCAGUACCUCCUCAAACACAUCGUCAAGGAGUUCAAGAGAGAGUCUGGUGUUGAUCUGAUGAAAGACAACAUGGCCCUUCAGAGAGUCAGAGAGGCAGCUGAGAAGGCCAAGUGUGAGCUGUCGUCUUCACUGCAGACGGACAUCAACCUGCCCUACCUGACCAUGGACGCCUCUGGACCCAAACAUCUCAACAUGAAGCUGACUCGCGCGCAGUUCGAGAACAUCGUGGCCGACCUGAUCCGCCGCACCGUGGCUCCCUGUCAGAAGGCUAUGCAGGAUGGGGAGGUGUCCAAGGGAGACAUUGGAGAGGUGCUGCUGGUCGGAGGCAUGACCCGCAUGCCAAAGGUUCAGCAGACGGUUCAGGACCUGUUCGGUCGCGCCCCCAGCAAGUCCGUCAAUCCUGAUGAAGCCGUUGCCAUAGGAGCGGCCAUCCAGGGUGGGGUCUUGGCCGGUGAUGUCACCGAUGUGCUGCUGUUGGACGUGACACCACUGUCACUGGGCAUUGAGACUCUGGGUGGAGUCUUCACCAAACUCAUCAACAGGAACACCACAAUACCCACCAAGAAGAGCCAGGUGUUCUCCACAGCUGCCGAUGGACAGACUCAGGUGGAGAUCAAGGUGUGUCAGGGUGAGAGAGAGAUGGCCGUCGACAACAAGGUGCUGGGUCAGUUCUCUCUGGUGGGGAUCCCCCCGGCCCCCCGCGGCGUUCCCCAGAUCGAGGUCACUUUUGAUAUUGAUGCCAACGGGAUCGUCCACGUCUCUGCCAAGGACAAGGGCACCGGCCGCGAACAGCAGAUUGUGAUCCAGUCAUCAGGAGGUCUCAGUAAAGACGACAUCGAGAACAUGGUCAAGAACGCUGAGAAGUACGCAGAGGAGGACAGGAGGAGGAAGGACCGUGUGGAGGCUGUCAACAUGGCCGAGGGAAUAGUCCACGACACCGAAUCCAAGAUGGAGGAGUUCAAGGACCAGCUUCCUGCCGAUGAGUGCACCAAGCUGAAGGAGGAGAUCUCGAAGGUCCGGGAUCUUCUGGCCAACAAGGACUCAGAAACAGGAGAGAACAUCAAACAGGCAGCCACCACUCUGCAGCAGGCCUCGCUGAAACUCUUUGAAAUGGCCUACAAGAAGAUGGCAGCAGAGCGGGAAGGCAGCAGCAGCGGCGGCGGCAGCAGCAGCUCGAGCUCGGGCUCAUCGGAAGGAGAGAAGAAGGAGGGACAGCAGUAGACCAUUACACUUGGUUGUCACGUGGUUUCCAUGACAACAUAGGACUGUUGGUUGGGGGGGGGGGGUAGUAGUAAUCUGGAGUGACAGGCUGACUCUUGUUCAUUCUCACCAUGGUAUUGUUGUGCUGUGGUUCCAGCAGUAGAAUAAUGUCCUCCACAUUCUGUCUGUAAUUUAAUUGUCCCUAAAAUACGUAUUGUAUGUUCUUUUUUCAAAUCUGUUAAUUUACAUUCUGAGUUAGUAAAAGUGAUUAUAUUUGUCUAAGACAUGUAGAUUUCAUCUGUUGAUCAUCCAUCUUGUCAGUUCAUAUGAUAAUGUGCAUUGUUCAACAGCUACAGCUCUUGUUUUCAAAAGUGCACUCCAUAAUAACUCAUGAGGUGUGUUUCAUCCUCAAAACAUUUCUUCUUCCAUCGUGUCUGCCCCAGGACAUGCCAGGCUGGAGAACAGUAUGUACAAAUAUAUAUAUUAUAUCUGUGUGAGAGAGAAUAAGAUGUUGAUGAGGCUCACAUUUCCUGAGUAAGAACGUUGGGAGAGGAUUUUCACUUGGAUUAAGAACAUAACUUCUUCUUUGUCAACAUGUCACAGUGAGUGUGUGUGUGUGUGUGUGUGUGUGUGUGUGUGUGUGUGUGUGUGUGUGUGUGUGUGUGUGUGUGUGUGUGUGUGUGUGUGUGUGUGUGUGUGUGUGUGUGUGUGUGUGUGUGUGUGUGUGUGUGUGUGUGUGUGUGUGUGUGUGUGUGUGUGUGUGUGUGUGUGUGUGUGUGUGUGUGUGUGUGUGUGUGUGUGUGUGAGUGUGAGUGAGUGAGUGAGGUUCUCCUCCCGUCCCAGACAGACGAUCAGAGAAGGAGACGUGUGGAGGACUUGACAGAUGAGCCCAGCUGAGUUGUGUUGUUGCCAGAUACUGCUCUGCCAUGUGAAUGAUGCUACAUACCUGCCACAUAGUGAUCCAAAGUGGGGUGUAGGCAGGAGGCAGUGUACUGAUUGACUGAGGGGGAAUAGUUUUGGUUUGUUUUUUGUUUUUUUUGCAGGGGGGACAACAUGAUUAUAUUAUUGAGGGAAAAUUGAGUCAACUUUUCUAAUAAAAAUCUGAAAUGUGA